CACCAACAUACGAAGAAGAAGAAAGAGGACGAAGAAGGAAAUUACAACUACUGUACACUCGUUUUAAUUAAACCUGAACGAUAGCUGCCAUUAAAGACAAUAAUUAGCAGCUAUGUGGAGAACACAAGUCAAACAGCGACUGGAGGCAGCGGUGGAAGACAUAUUGUGGAUUUUUGAAAGAACAGUCGCAAAUUAUGAAGAAGAAUUGGUGCGUUCAAAGAAAAAUGAGAUGCAGAGCUACACCUCUGGUUCUGUUUUCAUCCCCAAAGAUCAGCUGCGCAUGAUGGCGUUGCCUGCAAAAAAUCAGCUGAAGGCGCCGAGUAAAGAAGGUGCCCCUGAAGUGCCGAGACCGGACGUGGACCAGCGGGAACUCGAACCUCUCUGCAUAAAAGAGGAGGAACGCUGGAUUAGUCUGGAGGGAGAGGAGGUCACUGGGAGAAAGGGGACUGAUGCCACCAGGUUUCCCUUCACUGCAGUUCUUCUGAAAGAAGAGGAUGAUGAUGGCAUCGCUGUAUUCUCACAGCUUCACCAGCAGCAAGUGGAGGCCAGAGAACUUCCAAGCAGAAGCUCAACUGACCUAAUGACAGCAGCAAAUGUUGGAGAGGACAGUGGAAGAGCAGAAUCUACCAUGAGCCUAGCAGUAAAUACUCUGGAAGACAAUUCCAGCUCUUCAGAGACUGAUGCCAGCGAGGAUGAUGAUGACGAUGAUGUGAGCAGUACUCAGUCUAAACUGAAACACUUGUCAGGCUCUGGGUCAAAAACUGAAGACAGUGACACAGACUGGAAGGAGAGCAAAUCUAAAUGCUCUGAGUGCAGCAAUCGAUUUUUGAGCAACGGGCCUCAUGACAGUCAGGUGACAAGUCAUUCAAGACUGAGCUCGUCAAACUGUGUAGUUGAACUCGAAGGUGUUGAAAUAAAGACUAACUCGCACGGGAAAGUUCAGACAAAACUGAAAUCAUUUAGUUGUGAUGAGUGUGGCAAAAGAUGCGCCAGAAAUGCAACUUCAAGCACCCACAGAACAAACCAAACAGUGGAGAAACCGUUUGUUUGUCGUCUUUGUGGAUGGAGGUUUAGAAGUUUGAAAAAGUUCGACAAACACAUGACGGUCCACAAACCAUUUGUCUGUGAUGUCUGUGGAUACAGGUUUGGCAAUAAGUCACACUUAAGAUCACACCUGAGAAUCCACUCAGGGGAGAAACCGUUUGCUUGUGAUAUUUGUGAACUCAGAUUUAUCCGUAAUUCACAUUUAACUAGACACAUGAGGAGACACACAGGACAGAAACUGUAUACUUGUGAGAUUUGCAAACAAUCGUUUACCAGAAAAGAACAUUUGGACAGACACACGAGAAGAAACCGUCACCGGAAGGAAGACAAUUCAGCUGUGAAUAUUACUGGUAGUCACAUAAAGACACAAGAGUUCACACCGAAUCAAACCUAAACAGUUCCAACAUUUGUUGUAAAUAUCUAUAUGUUAGUGCAGUAAUUUUAAUGUAGAUAAUUCUAUUUCAUUUGUGAUCCUUGAAAUUCA